CAGAACAGGGAGGGAGUGAUUAGAAGAAAAUCUUCAGACAUAAUAUUGUUGCUGAUAACUGAAUGGCAAUUUCACUUCUGCUUCCCAUGUCCUUAAAAUCUAAUUCACUCCCACUUAUUAUCAGUAGUAGUAGUAUCACAUCAAACACUCAUUCUACUACAUUUCUUUCUAGGGUUUCAUUUCAAUCCUCCAAGACAUCAAGGAUUAGAUGCCAAGCUCAAAACUCGUUGGAUUCAACUGUCUAUAAAGGGAUUUACGGGCCAUGGUCUGUCGAUUCUACGGAUGUUCGCGAGGUGAUAUUAUAUAGGUCAGGGUUAGUGACAGCUGCUGCAACAUUUGUAAUUGGUGGUUCAACUGCAUUUUUACCUGAUGAUUUUUUCUUAACCAAUGCAUUGAAACAAAAUCUUGAUGUAUUCUAUGCACUUGGAGCUGGAGGGUUAGGGUUGUCGUUGUUCUUGAUUCAUAUUUACGUCACUGAGAUUAAACGUACUCUUCAAGCGUUAUGGGCUAUUGGAGUUCUUGGUUCAGUAGCAGCCUCUUUAAGGCUUGCACAACCUGUUGGUGAGAGCUUGCCACAAUAUGUUGCUGAUCACUCCAUAGCUGUUUGGUUUAUAGGGCCUCUCUUUGCUGCUUUGACAGGACUCGUCUUCAAGGAAGGGCUUUGUUAUGGAAAGUUAGAAGCAGGCAUUCUGACAUUUAUUAUUCCGUCGGUACUUCUUGGGCACCUGACAGGUUUAAUGGAUGAUGGAUUGAAACUCAGCCUACUGGGUAUCUGGAUGGUUCUAUUCAGCAUUUUUGCAGCAAGAAAGUUCACCCAACCCAUCAAGGAUGAUAUUGGUGAUAAAUCUGUGUUCAUAUUUAACGCCCUCCCGGAGAAGGAAAAGAAGGAUUUGCUUGAGAAACUUGGACAAGCAGAUUUGAUGCAAGACAUUGACUAGACAAUAACUAGUAAGUAUAUAUGUAGAACUGUAGGGCACUGGCACCGUUAUCUUAAGCAGCGGUGCUGAAAAAAUUGUACCGAACUAGGUCCACUAGUCAUAUAUAUAUACUGUUCUCUGGCAUUCCUGAGCCAACGAUGUAUAUUUUUGGUCUAAAUAAAACCUCAGAAUAGAAGACCCGUUGGAAUGCAUUUGUCUAUCUUCGAUACUUCUUUCUGCGUAAGAUGGGUGCUUGCAGCUUUUGCCUUGUCAGAGAUAAGAAAAAGUUAAGACUCCAUCCUAUGUUGUGCUGUCAUGUAAUCUCUCCUUGAUGUUUUAUUGGUCGUUAGUCACAUAAAACUCACUAAAGAAUCCUUGGUUGCAUAUACCUGCAGUGCCAGUGAAUAUAGUCACGGCUAUAAAGCA